UCUAAGUGGAACGUUGCGUUUUCGUACGAUCAAGAAACAUCCUGUUUGCCAUCAGAUUAUACCAUAAACAUAAGCAAUAUGCAUCACAAAACAGAACUGACGUUGUUUCUGAUGGGGCUUAUGCUAAGCAAUAUGAUGAUCUGUACCUGGUCAUACCCGCAGCAGAACCAACAGCUGCAACAUCACCAGCAACAUACGGUGGAACAACGAAAAUUUGCUGAAAAACCCAACGUCAUUAAAAAAGUGGCACUUGACGACAUUGAUGAGAUACAAACUAAUCAGAUACAGGAUGGAGGUUUCUCAUGGUCUAACAUGCUUGGACUGCUGAUGCAAAUGAUUUUCAAUGGUGGUGGAGGUGGCGGCGGAAAUGUGCCAACUAAAUCUGAUGAUAUCGAUAACGGUGUAUCGUCAUUCGGUCAAUCGCCAUGGGCAAAUGUGAUUUCCGUCGGUCUGAAAAUCAUCACUACCCUUCUCGGCGGUGGCGGUGCUGGUGAUGGAAUCGAUAAAGUCGACAAUGGCGGAUCUCCAAUGCAGAACGUUCUAGCAGCCGUUUUCACCGCCAUGUUCGGUGGCAAAGAUCCAGACCAAGUAAAUACGAUGGCAAAACAGGCCGGUGAGUUCAUCAACAUUGUUGUCAAUUUAUUGGAUGCACUGAAAACUUCGUUUUCCCACCGUUCCCUAACUGCACGAAGUCUUGGAAAGAAGGAUGUGGUCAGUGAUGCUACUGUCGCCAGCUUGGCCAUGAUGAAAGGUUUUGUACGCAGCACGCGAAAUGCUGAUGAUCGUUGUAUGCAGAAGUAUAUCUGCGAAGCAAACAUUGACUGCUUGGGAGCAAUCGGAGGCUCUAGUAUAUUCUGUCAGCUUGGCUCCUAUGCUACAAGUUACAUUCUAGAGCGACAAACUGGGAAGGCAUUUGAGAACUUUUAUGAAGCAGGAAGAAAUGGACGAUCCGGAUUUGACUGUCGACAGCUGUAUCUAGAAUGUAAUGAAGUCUGAACAAGUGCAAAAAAGCAAGAUAGGUAAAAACAAACAAAACCAUAAGUAAAAUUAAAAAGAACUCAUACCUAUUUUGAUCCUGAACUCAUCUUACAAAGGUAACAACCGAUCGAUGAAAUAUUCCUUCUUAUUAUUUGAGUGAUAGCAAUGUCAACAAAUUUAGUUGUGGUUGAAUUCGAUUGUAGGUUAAUUUGUAACUGUAAACUUUAUUUCCAUAAAAUUUAGUAAUAUCGUGAGGAUUUUGUGUCCGUAUUAUUUAUUUUUAUUUAAAUUUUUACUCUAUUUAUUUGACUUGAACACAAGCCUCAUUUCUCAUCUUUUAUCAGUUAACACUAAUCGUCCUGGAAUGCAGGCUCUAGAUGUAUUGUUAAAGAACAUUGUACGACAAGGUCAUGAUGUAGUAUUUGUUGAAAAACACGAUCACGUAUUUGAAAUAUAGAAAAUGUGUAUUUAUCAUAUUUGCUCUCGUGUUUCUAACUU